CCUAAUCAAACUUAUUUAUGUUUUAGAGAUUUUAACAUGGACGGGACAGAGUAUAGAAAGGAAGUGGCCAAUUACUUUAGUUGGAGAUACUCUCGUUUGUUUAACGCAUUUGUUUAACGUUCGUUGGUUUGUAUGUCUACGGGAAUUGUCAUUUCACAGCGGUUUCCACCCAAUGUUGCCACAAUCUCCAUCGAAUUCGAUUCCGAAUUGCGUUCCUAACCAACAAUUAGUCAAAAUUCUCAGUCCCCAUUCAGAAUUUCUACAAAUUUGCUUGCAGCACUGCCGGAGAAUCCAAGCCCACAACCUGUUCAACGAAAAGCCUAAAGCAGUUCUUCAAGCAUUGAGUACUGCAAAAGUCAUCCAUUCAAAGAGUUUGAAAAUUGGAGUUGGCCUCAAAGGGUUGCUAGGUAAUGUCAUUGUUGACCUUUAUGUCAAAUGCGGCAAUGUGGACUUCGCUCAGAAGGCCUUUUCCCGGCUAGAGAAGAAGGAUGUAUUUGCUUGGAACUCAGUGCUUUCUAUGUACUUGGACCACGGGUUAUUUGCAACUGUUGUUCAAUCUUUUGUGUGUAUGUGGAAUCAUGGGGUGCGGCCUAAUGAGUUCACGUUUGCGAUGGUUUUAUCAGCUUGUUCUGGAUUGCAGGAUAUUAACUAUGGUAAACAAGUCCAUUGUGGAGUUUUUAAGAUGGGGUUUGGGUUUCGGUCUUUUUGUCAAGGUGGGCUGAUUGAUAUGUAUGCCAAAUGUCGUAAUCUUAGAGAUGCUCGCUUGGUGUUUGAUGGGGCACUUAAUUUGGAUACUGUUUCAUGGACAACCUUGAUUGCAGGGUAUGUUCGAGAUGGUUUCCCUAUGGAAGCAGUCAAGGUGUUUGAUAAAAUGCAGAGAGUUGGACAUGUACCUGAUCAAAUUGCGCUUGUCACUGUUAUAAAUGCCUAUGUGGCUCUUGGUAGGCUUGCUGAUGCUCGUAAGUUGUUUACCCAGAUUCCCAAUCCUAAUGUUGUCGCUUGGAAUGUGAUGAUUUCGGGGCAUGCUAAGAGAGGAUUUGCCGAGGAAGCUAUUUCAUUUUUUCUUGAAUUGAAGAAAACUGGCCUAAAAGCCACUAGAUCUUCUCUAGGAAGUGUUUUAAGUGCAAUUGCUAGUUUAUCGAUGCUUAACUAUGGCUCAAUGGUUCACGCUCAGGCAAUUAAGGAAGGGUUAGAUGAUAACGUGUAUGUAGGAAGUGCGUUGGUGAACAUGUAUGCGAAAUGUUCAAAAAUGGAUGCUGCCAAACAAGUGUUCAAUUCUUUAGGUGAGAGAAAUAUCGUCUUGUGGAAUGCUAUGCUUGGAGGUUUUGCACAGAACGGACUUGCCCAAGAAGUGAUGGAAUUUUUCUCAUAUAUGAAACGACAUGGUCCUCAGCCUGAUGAGUUUACUUUCACUAGUAUUUUUAGUGCAUGUGCCUCCUUGCACUAUCUCGAUUUCGGUGGUCAACUUCAUACUGUUAUGAUCAAGAACAAGUUUACAUCUAAUCUAUUUGUUGCAAAUGCAUUGGUAGACAUGUAUGCUAAAUCAGGGGCUUUAAAGGAAGCAAGAAAACAAUUUGAGUUCAUGAAAAUUCAUGACAAUGUUUCAUGGAAUGCAAUAAUUGUGGGGUAUGUGCAGGAAGAGUAUAAUGAUGAGGCUUUCUUCAUGUUUCGAAGAAUGGUUUCCAAUGGGGUUCUUCCGGAUGAGGUGUCUUUGGCCAGUAUAGUGAGUGCUUGUGCAAAUGUUAAGGAGUUUAAACAAGGCCAACAAUGUCACUGUCUCUUAGUUAAAGUUGGUUUAGAUACAAGCACUUGUGCUGGAAGUUCCCUCAUUGACAUGUAUGUGAAGUGCGGCGUUGUUUUGGCAGCUCGUGAUGUCUUUUAUUCUAUGCCCUAUAGAAAUGUUGUCUCCAUAAAUGCUCUGAUUGCUGGCUACACCAUGAGCCACUUAGAGGAAGCUAUUCAUUUAUUUCAAGAGAUCCAGAUGGUUGGACUUAAACCUACAGAGGUCACAUUUGCUGGUCUUUUAGAUGGAUGUGACGGAGCAUUUAUGCUGAAUCUUGGAAGACAAAUUCACGGUCAAGUUAUGAAGUGGGGUUUUCUAUCCAGUAGUGAAAUGGUGUGUGUCUCUCUUUUGUGCAUGUAUAUGAACUCCCAAAGAUUUGCAGACUCGGAAACACUCUUCUCUGAGCUUCAGUAUCCAAAAGGUUUAGUUGUAUGGACUGCUCUCAUUUCAGGAUAUGCUCAACAAAAUCACCAUGAGAAGGCUUUGCAAUUCUAUCAACAUAUGCGAUCAGACAAUAUUUUACCCGAUCAAGCAACAUUUGCCAGUGUUCUUCGAGCAUGUGCUGGAAUGUCUUCUCUACAAACUGGUCAAGAAGUUCAUUCCCUUAUCUUCCAUACUGGCUUUAACAUGGAUGAAAUAACCUGUAGUUCUCUUAUAGACAUGUAUGCAAAAUGUGGUGAUGUCAAAGGCUCUCUUCAAGUUUUUCAUGAAAUGCCACGUAGAAAUAGUGUCAUAUCUUGGAACUCUAUGAUAGUUGGACUAGCAAAGAAUGGCUAUGCAGAAGAAGCACUUGAAAUAUUCAAGCAAAUGGAGCAACAAUCCAUCAUACCUGAUGAAGUGACAUUCCUUGGUGUUCUUUCUGCUUGUAGUCAUGCCGGGCGAGUAUCUGAAGGCCGAAAGGUAUUUGACCUGAUGGUUAACAAUUACAAGUUACAGCCAAGAGUUGAUCACUUAGGGUGUAUGGUAGACAUUCUUGGGAGAUGGGGUUUCCUUAAUGAAGCAGAAGAGUUCAUUAACAAGCUUGGAUGUAAAGCAGAUCCAAUGCUAUGGUCUACUUUGUUAGGAGCUUGUAGAAAACAUGGAGAUGAAGUUAGGGGGAAGCGUGCAGCUAACAAACUAAUGGAACUGAAACCACAAAGUUCUUCAUCUUAUGUGCUGCUGUCUGGCAUAUAUGCUGAAUCAGAGAAUUGGAGCGGAGCUGAUUCUUUAAGGAGGGAAAUGAAAUUAAAGGGUGUGAAAAAGUUGCCUGGAUAUAGCUGGAUUGAACCGGGAAGAGACGUACAAGGCAGAGGAGCUGUCAGGUCAACUGCCGGUUAGCUUUAAACAGUAUGCUGGGUAUGUUGACAUAGAUGUGAAAAAUGGGAGGAGUUUGUUCUAUUAUUUCGUUGAAGCAGAGAAGCAGCCAGAGAAGAACCCUCUCACUUUGUGGCUCAAUGGAGGUCCUGGUUGUUCUUCUAUUGGUGGAGGUGCUUUUACAGAGUUGGGUCCUUUUUAUCCCAGCGGGGAUGGAAGAGGCCUCAGGAAGAAUCCCAUGUCUUGGAAUAAAGCUUCAAAUCUUCUCUUUGUUGAAUCUCCUGCUGGAGUGGGAUGGUCAUACUCAAACACAAGUUCAGAUUACAACUAUGGGGAUGCCUCAACUGGGCUUUACAUACCACAGUUGGCUAUGGCUCUAUUGGAUCAUAAUGCAAAGUCCAGUGGUUUCAAGUUCAACAUCAAAGGAGUUGCUGUAAGGAAUAGUAAUUUGAUAAUUCAGUUUCUUUUAGAUUGGGAACCCUCUAUUGAAACUCGAUAGAGAUGUUCCAGCAACAUAUGAGUAUUUUUGGUCGCACGGAAUGAUUUCAGAUGAAAUUGGCAUUACCAUCAUGAGUGAAUGUGAUUUCGAGGAUUAUACUUUUGCUAGUCCUCACAAUGAGUCACAUUCAUGCAAUGAAGCCAUAUCCACGGCGAACCAAGUUGUUGGAAAUUACAUGAACAAUUACAAUGUGAGCUGGAAAUUACAUAAACAAUUACGGUUUCAUACUUGACGUGUGCCAUCCAUUUAUAGUGGAGCAAGAGCUACGGUUGAGGAAAAUGGCUUCGAAGAUAAGUUGGGGGUUGAUGUCUGCAUGACUAUGUAAUGAAAAUUCUACUCCAACCUUCAAGAGGUUCAGGAAGCCCUUCAUGCCAACGGUACCAAAUUACCUUAUCAUUGGUCGAUGUGCAGUCCGUAAGUUAUACUUGUAGAUGCAUUUGUUACUUUUAACUUUUAUGAUACUCAAAAUAGUUGCUUUUACAAAAGAAAACUCAUUAUCUUCCAAUUAGGAAAAGAACUCAUUAUUUGCUGCUUAUGUUCAACCACUAUACGUUGCAAAAUCCUUUUCGGGAACUCUAACAUUUUGUGAACUUGAUGGACAGUGUUAUAAAUUACAGCAACACUGACUGUACAUCAACAUACAUCUGCUGCUUAAAAGGAUAAUCGAAUUUCAAAUCCCAGUUUGGGUAUUCAGUGUAGUUGGUUUGUUGAUGUAUAAGUUGUGACGUGACUUUGUAAACCUAACUUCUGUUGUACCCUUGUGGGAUCACGAACGCUCGCCCGUGAACUUGCACAUGAUCUAAAGUUCAAAAUUAAAGUCCCAUAUGGCUACUUCAACUUUACUAGGAACCAGUCUACAAAAAGAGUCUUGGAGAUGAGAUUUACUCAUGUCUCAAGUUCUAAUCUCAUCUCCAUGCUAAUGUUAACCUUUGGAGAUCUAAUUUACUUAUGUUGGGAUUUA